UAAAAAGGAACACAAAUAAUACGAAAUAAGUAAAAUUUGUCAAUGUUUUAUUCUUUCACACCAAAAGAUGGAAUUGUUCACUCCAAGACUCCAUCCUAACUGGAGAAGUAGAAACAUGACAAAGAAUUUGCGAGUGAAGUAGUUGAAUGUGCCAAUAUUUUAUUCCGAGUACUCCUAAGUACUCGGAAUAAAAAAAGGAUUACGCUCCAUCCCGAGUACUUUCAAUCCUGAUCGGAUGGUACUUUAGGAGGAUGUAAAUUGAACUAUAAUCACAAUCUGACAAUAGAGAGUGAGACUUUGUCCCCGAUACUUACAAAAACCCUAUAUUUUUUGCAUUUAGCAUAAUCACCUCUCAUCGUAGUUGUCAGGAUUCGAAGUCGGGACCUAACCGCACUUCCUCUUUACUAAUUGAGCUAUGCCCACCUGUACCAAUAUUAUUUUAUUCUUGUUUCCAUGGAAGGUCCAGCUUCCAACACCCUGCUGACUAUUAAAAAGGAUCAGAACCUUGAGAAGAUAGAGAUCCCAAACUCUCACCGCUAUACAGGACACUGUUUAGAUCUCUCUGCCUACUCUGUUUCUCCAUUUUCUUGUAUUCUUUUCUUCUCCGCCGCUUCGGAGGCAGCUGCCGACUCACCCUCCGUCGCCAUUCUGCCGUUAACCCCCGCUCUAAGUCCGACCGUCGGUGUAGCUCUGUUCUGUCUGGUGGGGCUAUUCUCUGUUAUGGCGUUUUUCUUGUGCUUGGGAAUCAAGGCGAGGCGGAAGCGGGCCUUGGAAGGGCGGCGCGUGGAUGUUGUUGUUGACGACGCGCGGGGAGGAGAGAAGGGGGUGAGGGUAUUUUCCGGCCAAGAAGUGGAGAGAUUCUCGGCGAACUUUUCAAGGUCCCGCGUGAUCGCUUAUGGAGGUUUCAGCACAGUUUAUCUUGGGAAAUUUCCCGAUUUGACCCUGGCAGCUAUCAAGACCAUAGAUAGCAGCAGUGAUAGGUUACAGAGAAUCUUCAAGCAGGAGCUGGAGAUCUUGCUGAAGAUCAAACACGACAACAUCGUCAAGAUCCUCGGAUACUCCGAGGAAGGAACUCUGGUUCUAGAAUAUGUCCCCAAUGGCACCCUCCAGGAGAAUCUCCACGGGGCAAAAGGGUCUUUUUUGCGUUGGAAGGACCGGACGGCGAUCGCCUUCCAGCUCGCUGGAGCUCUGAACUAUCUCCACCAACAAUGUGAUAUGCAGAUCGUCCACGGCGACGUCAAAUCAUCAAACAUACUCUUGGAUUCUGAUAUGAAUUGCAAGCUCUGCGAUUUCGGGUCUGCGAAAAUGGGAUUUUCCUCCACCGUUUUCCCGCCUGCUUCGCCUUCCCAGCACCGGAUGAUCGGUUCUCCGGGAUAUGCCGAUCCUCACUACUUGAGGACCGGAAUAUCCUCGAAGAAAAACGACAUUUACAGCUUCGGGGUUCUCUUGUUGGAGCUAAUCACGGGUCUUGAUGUGGUUUCAUCCCACAAUGACAAUGUGAGUUUGAUAAAGAAAGUUGGGCCAAUGUUGAAAGAUGUUUCGAAGGUUGCUGAAAUGGUAGAUAGGAGACUAUCAGGGGAAUAUGAGCUUGAAGAAGCUAUGGCUAUGGCUUCCCUUGCUGCUUUAUGCCUCAUUGAUCCUCCCAGCUUGAGGCCUUCAGCAUCAGACAUAAUAGAAACUAUGAAGAAUUGCAUUGCAUCACUUGCCUAGGAAGAGCUGAAAGGAACAACUGGAUUCUCAUAGAUUUUAGGACAAAGUUUUCAAGAUUGAUCUAGUUCAACAAAUCAACCACUUCAAUACUGGACAUAUAAAUCAUUCACCAAAGUCUUUUGUGAAAUUUGAAGAUAGAAUCCAAACUUUAAACCCAUAGAUAAAGUAUUGUGGGGCUUUAGAAAUUAGAAGUGAUACUUGUCAAGAAAAUUUAUUGUAAUAUUUUAUCAUACACCAAUCUCUUGUCAUCUUGUGUAUAAACUUUUGUGUGAAAGCUGUUAACUUUUCUUGGAAGGAACUUGUUGUUAAUGUGAUUAUGAUUGCUGAUCAA